AUGGAGCAGCUGGAGGAGAGAGGAGAGCUGGACAAGGUGGAGAGCAGCGCCGGCAAGGAGGAAGAGGAGGAGAGGCAGACUUCAGGGACGACACCACCAGCCCAAGGAGUACUGGACCUGAGACACAGCAGAGGCGGUGAAAGUGGACUGGAGGGAAGGAAGGAGCCCAGGACAGGGCGGAGGAGCGCCCGUGGGCCGCUUGUGGCCUUGGUAACAGGUGACUUCUGUGAUGUGAACCACUGUCAGAAUGGGGGCACCUGCCUGACUGGUAGCAGUGAGACUCCCUUCUUCUGUAUCUGCCCCGAAGGCUUCGCUGGGAUUGACUGCAAUGACACAGAGACAGGUCCCUGCCAGCCUAAUCCCUGCCACAACAAUGGCAAGUGCCAGAUGGUGCCCAACCGGGGCGAUGUCUUUACCGAGUAUGUCUGCAAGUGCCCUGCGGGGUAUGAAGGCACCCACUGCCAAAAGAAUGUGAACGAGUGCUCCUCAGAGCCAUGCAAAAACGGAGGCACCUGCCUAGACCUGAGCGGUGACUAUGCUUGCAAAUGUCCCUCUCCAUUCCUGGGGAAGACCUGCCAUGUCCGCUGUGCCGUUUUGCUGGGCAUGGAGGGAAGGGCCAUUGCAGAUGCCCAGCUGUCAGCUUCAUCUGUGCACUAUGGGUUCCUAGGCCUGCAGCGCUGGGGUCCCGAGCUGGCCCGACUCAACAACAAUGGAAUUGUAAAUGCCUGGACCUCCAGCAACUAUGACAAGAGCCCCUGGAUUCAGGCAAACCUGCUGAGGAAGAUGCGGCUGACAGGGAUCAUCACACAGGGUGCCAGUCGGGCAGGCUGGGCAGAGUACGUCCACUCUUUCAAAGUAGCACACAGCCUGGAUGGGCGUGUGUUUGUGUUCUGCAAGGAUGAGAUUCAGGAUCGAGACAAGGUUUUCCAGGGGAACGUGAAUAAUGAUGGCAUGAAGACGAACAUGUUCAGUCCUCCGAUCACAGCUCAGUACAUCCGCAUCUACCCUGUGGGGUGUCACAGGGCCUGCACACUGCGCUUUGAGCUGGUUGGCUGCGAAAUGAAUGUGUAUUUCAACACGGCAGGUUGUUCGGAGCCACUGGGCAUGAAAUCCCACCUGAUCUCUGACCAGCAGAUCACAGCCUCCAGCGUCUUCAAGACAUGGGGCAUCGAUGGUUUCACCUGGUACCCACAUUACGCCCGUCUGAACAAGGCAGGCAAGACCAAUGCCUGGACCGCACUCAACAAUGACCAGUCUGAGUGGCUGCAGGUCGACCUACGCACACAGAAGAAGGUGACCGGCGUCAUCACUCAAGGGGCUCGAGAUUUUGGGCACAUUCAGUAUGUGGCAGCCUACAAAGUGGCUUACAGUGAUAAUGGGACGUCCUGGACGGUUUACAAGGACAACAGGACAAACAGCAGCAAGAUCUUCCAAGGAAACACUGACAACACCUCUCACAAGAAGAAUGUUUUUGACGUGCCCUUCUACGCCCGCUUUGUGCGCAUUCUGCCCGUGGCGUGGCACAACCGCAUCACGCUGCGCAUGGAGCUGCUGGGCUGUGAUGAGUAAUCAGCCAGGGAAGGUGGCGUGGAAGGCAAGGACUGGGCUGCCCCUACCCCCCAGCUCCCCACUCCUGGCCCUUCCCCUGCACUCCUGCUGCUGUUAUGUCUCCCUCUCUGUGUCUCAACCAUGCUGUCCCAUGACGGCUGUCUUUGGUUCCUGGUCUGGCAGAGGGGAGAGUUGGAGAGGGGCAGAGAGUGCAUGACUGUAUCUGGUAGAAAUGUCAAGGGAGGACUCUGGGUCCCCUCUGCCUUUGCUUUAGAAGAGAAUGUGAUGGCCCUGUAUGGGUGGAGCUACUAUGCUUGCACUAGCAUGCAGAAGACCAUGGAGCUCUCUGGCCCCACAGCUCUGCACUUUAGGGGUCUGUCCCAGGUGAGGGGCUCAUGCCCUCUUAGCCCCUGCAUGAUGGUCCAGGUAUUUUCCACCCAGGCCCUUAUGGGGCUCUCUGCAAACGGGCCCUAGCGACCUCCAUCAGAUCCUGAAAACUACUCCCUCUUUUAGCUCUGCUUCCACUGAAGGGCCCUUAGCACUCGAGAGCUUCCUGGUCUCCAUCAACCUCAGCAUACAGGGGAGCCUUUGAGUGAGAUGCCCAGGAGCUCGGGGCAGGCCCCUCCACUCAUGGCCUCAGUCUCUCAAGCAUUGGCAGGUAGCGGGCUUCCCCCUGACCUGUGAGUCGAGGGGAGGAGCUUCCAGUUCUCUGGCUCCUAAAGUAAUUCAGAAGGACCUUUGGGAAUAAUCUGUUGCUGUAAGUGCACCAGUCAUCCCCUGCUUGCAGGCUGCUGCCCAGCUGCCAUAUUGCUGCGGGUCCUGUCACUUCAGGACAGUGCCAAGGGAGUGAUGAGAAGGGGCGAGAACAUGGACCAAGUCAGAGGACACAGGGCACCAGCGCAGGCAAAAGCCUGCACUGGAUUCAGACAGGGAAGCUGCCCUGUUCCCUAAGGGCACAUGCAUGGGAAGAUCUCUGCUUGCCAGUGAGGGAGCUGGGAGAAAGGGGGGGGGGCAUGAGUAACUGCUGUUGCAAAAUCUUGUGAGGGAGCGGGGUGCCUGACCCAAAGUCCAGCACCUGCCCAUAAUGUCCCAGGGUGGACACCAGUACUCAUGCUGCUUACAGACCCGGCGAGCACAAGGACAGGGGCAGUGCUACCUGCCUUCCUAUAUACUUGUGGUCCUAGGAGCCUCACUUCUGAGCACCCUGCUGUGGCUGGUUCAUACGGGAGAGCCCAGUCAACCUGACAGUCACCACCAGUCUCUCAUCCUCCAUUGCCAUCCAAACAUGAGGCCCGUAUGCCUGCCCAGGCAGUCGUCGUUCCUGGGCUCUAACCACUGAGGUACCUCAUGGCAAAGUCCACAGCCCAGACUCUCCUGGAGGGCAAAAUGCUGGCCCCAGCAAACCGUUUGUCCAUGGUGCUUUGUGGCACCGAGUCCCAUGAUGGUGCCCAGCUAAAGGAGAACCCAGAGAUUCUCCAGCCAGUUUUCCUGAUACUGCCUCAAUUCUACCAUGCCAAGGCAAGGGGGGUGGGGGGGGGGGGAGCAGAGCAAGGCAGAGGCAGCACAUAGAGGAAACUAGCCUUGUGGUAUGGAGCUUUUACACCCUUCUGCCGUGCAGGGAACUCUGUAGCCGACAGCAAUCCCCAUGAUACGAUCCUCCGCACCGAGUCAAUUGACAUGUUGCAUGACACGUGACAGCCUGGAGUGGGGACUCGUUAUGUCCUGGUUCUGAACCAAACUGCUUCCUUAUCACUGCAGGGUGCUUGGAGCAUUUGGUCUGUACAAAGUGUGUGUUGGGGAAGGGCACUUAGUUUGCUCUGUGCUGCUGAUCUGCCAAGUCCCAUUGAGGCUGCUCAGUUUGCAUAUUAACUCCCCUUGCUUUCUCAUGUGACAGUCCCAGGCUCAGCAAUGUUUCUUCCUCCAUCUUGAGCAAAGGUUGCCCUCAGUGGGUUUGGUGCCCACCACAGCCUCAUCACGCAGUCCUGGGUGCCUGCCCUGCCCUGAUUCACAUUGUCAGAGCAGUGCUUACCCAUACACAGAAUACGCAGUUGUGUAGGGCACCUGAAGAUCUGGGGCACCACUGGGUCUUAAUGUCUAUCCAGCUGCUUCCUCCUAUCCCUGUUCUGCGGUUCUGCUUCCUCUGGAGAGGAUCUAGUUAUCUUAAAAAUGAACAAGCCUGCCAGCCCUAUUAGCAGAACACGGAACCUGUGAAAGAGCCAUUCAAGUGGUCAUGAAGCCAUUUAAUAGGCAUUUGCCAAUGCCUGCCAAGUUCUGAAUUUACUAUUCUACAGAAGCUUAGUUUAAAAUUUGUUUUAAAAAUAUUUCAUUAGUGUGUUGCUGAAGAUUGUAAAAUCACAUCUUUAAAAUCGUCAUCCCCUCCCCACACCAGUUCCCAUUGGGCAUAUAGUAGUACCGCAUAGGGCCCCAUAAAUCCUAAGGACAGCCCUGUACAUUGAUACCGUUUCUGAUUUUAUUCUGAGUCUCGUGUUACUUGGUGUUUUCUCAAAGCCCCAGCUCCCGGAGUCAGCUGAUUGCAGGAGACUGCUCUCAUUUAAGGAGAAAACCAAGUAGAUUCUGGCCUUCCUGGUUGCAGAGAAAAGCUUGAAAACAUGACCAUUAAAUGCUCCAAACUCAGGACAGGCAGAAGAACUCAACAUGGAUUAUUCUUUAAAUCUCAGGAUUUUUAAGACCAAAUGGAUUAUUUUUUGAAAUUCAUGAUUUUUAAGCCAAUCUUGUGAUUUUAAGGGGGGAGGGAGGGAGGCUGUCUCAUGAGACUUGAGUGCUUUGGAAUGGCAAUACUGGGUCUAUCGAUGCACGCUACAUGCUUACAAGAGUGAGAGUGGUGGCAAAUGGGCACAGUGUGCCCCUCACUGACCUCACAGCAUGGCAACGGCUUGGCGCCUGGCAGAGAGGAGCCUCUAGAUUUGGGAUCAGUCCCAGCUGGCAGGAAUGUGUGUCUCUGGUGUGGUUCUGACGUGAUGCGCAAUGCAGAACUGGACUAUCUUCAUGUAUGUUUCAGAAGGAAGAUGGACUGUUUGUGUGAGGGCAUGAGUGAGUCCCGGAAGGGAAGACCACACACCCUGUAGGAGUGUCUGACAGUAUUAAAAGCUGCUGAAACUCA